AGAUCUCAAAAAUCAGAUCAAAGCAACAAGAAAAAUCAAGAAUCAAAGCUCAUUAAGUCACUCGAGAAACAACAAUGUCUCUAGUUCCAAGCCUUUUCGGAGGACGCAGAUCAAACGUCUUCGAUCCGUUCUCGCUAGAUGCAUGGGAUCCAUUUGAAGGACUCUUAACGCCUUCCUCGGCUCGUGACAUGGCAGCAUUCACAAACGCAAGAGUGGACUGGAAGGAGACGCCCGAGGCACACGUGUUCAAAGCGGACUUGCCGGGGCUGAUGAAAGAGGAAGUGAAGGUUGGGGUUGAAGACAAGAACAUACUGCAGAUAAGUGGAGAGAGGAGCAAAGAGAACGAAGAGAAGAACGACAAGUGGCACCGUUUGGAGAGAGCAAGUGGGAAGUUUAUGAGGAGGUUUAAGUUGCCUGAGAAUGCCAAGAUGGAAGAAGUGAAGGCGACAAUGGAGAAUGGCGUGCUUACGGUUACGGUACCAAAGGCGCCUGAGAAGAAGCCAGAAGUCAAGUCUAUUGAUAUCUCAGGCUGAGUCACAAUCGAUGAAGAUGAACAUUUGAGGAUUUGAUGUGUGGAAUAAAACGUGUGUUUGCUUUAAAAAGUU